AACACUUCAAGCAUGGUGUCACUGGCUGAGCUAUGUGGAAAUGCGUCGCAUGAAACGUAGGAUGCAUUUGGAAGCAUUCAAAUUCAAGGAAGUGAGCACCCUGCGCAUGUCAUGGAAACUGUGGAGAAGGAGAUGGUGCCAAGUCCAAGUUAGCUGUGAAAUGGAUGCUCAAGCUCUACAGCAAUGGACCCUGGGUCUGCAGUUUCGGGCCUGGCUGCGGUGGAAGGAGGUCUGUUCAUAUAUACAGAAUAUGAAAGAGAAGGAAGUCAGGGCACUGAUGCAUUACCGUCAUAGGAAGAUAGGGAAUUCUUUGAAAUCCUGGCAUGUCUAUGUGCGUCUCCGAAGAGAGAAGAAGCAUCAGCACAAGCUGGCUUUGCAACACCAUCAUAGCUGCAUGCUCCUUCAGUUUUUCUUGUCAUGGCACCUGGCUUGGGAACGCAAACAGCAAUUGCACGUACAUCAGGAACGCAUUGCUCAGCUGGCAGCCAGGAUUGCCUUGAGAAGAGCCUUCUUGCAAUGGAAAUUCUGUAUCCUUUCUCUCAUAGUCCUUUUGCAGAGAUUUGGGAGAUAA